UUAUGCCCCUUGGUGAUUUCUGAUAGACCACAAGCGGUGCUAGUUGGACUGGUUUUGUUCAACAAUGCAGACACGUAUCAUAUUUACAGUGUUUGCGUUAUCGCUAGCUCAGGUCUCUAGCGCUGACAAAUUCGUAUGUCCUAAGAAAUGUACAUGCGACUCAGCUGUUGUCGCUUGCAAGUUAAAUCAUUACUAUUCGAAAGAUUUUCAAAAUAUUCCAAAAAACUUCAAGCUAAUUAUUCAGAGUAGUCGCCAAGUCUCGUUCCCCGACAACAGCCUACCCCGGGUCACAGAGUUGGAGAUAAUAUCAUCGGGAUCAGAAAUUUGUGAUUUAGCUUGGAACAAAUCUGCCGAUCACCUCGAAACGUUACAACUAGACGGUGUACAACUGAGAAAUACGCUAAAGUCUUUGAAAAUAUUGAAGGCACUGCGCUUACUUAAGAUAAAUCAUGCGGAACUUCUAGGUGUGGAUCAUAGAAAAUGGCAGAUGCAUUUCGAUCAGAAGAGCCCUCUGAAAUUUUUGUUUAUGUUUUGGACUGAUCUAUCCCUCAUGACGGACAUGACUCUGCCGAAGUCUGUAGAAAGUGUGAAACUUGACGACUGCAACCUGACUAAAAUUCCAAAACAGUUUUCUGAUUUAAAUAAUCUCCAGUCGCUGAGCCUUGAGAAUAACAAGAUUCAAACCCUCGAGAACUUGCCCAAAAAUGUACACAUUUUGAUGUUACAUGGGAACCAAAUUUCCGAAAUAAAAAACAUACCACCAAAUACCUCACAGCUGGAUUUGUCCAAUAACAAUAUCACACACAUACAAAACAUACCUGAGACAGUCCACUUAUUUUACCUAUCAGGCAACAACAUCCCAAGUAUAACAGAGAAAUCCUUCAAACCCAACUCGCAUCUAGCAGAGCUCGCUUUGGCCGGUAACAAACACAAAAACCUGACCAUCGCGAAAACAGCUUUCAAAAACACCCCCCGCCUACACCUAAUCGAUCUUCGCGCGACAGACUUCGCUGCCCCCCUUGAGGCGUUCACUCGGCUGAAAUCUUUGACCCAGCUCUUGGUUUCCCCACAGUACAACGCUUUCUGUGAUCGCCUGAACAAAAUCUUCAGUUCAAAAGUGUGUUCAACCCGUACGAGUACAUAUAAAUUUGCCUUGGUGUCUUAUGUGAAUUAGAAAAGUAUUAUUCAUGUCCACGAAAUGUAAUUCGAAUUACUUUCCGGGUGCUACUCAUGUCAAUGUGGAGAUCGUGACACGUCUAAUAUUUAUUUAAAUUCAUAUUUAAACAACGUAUUUUUUUCCAAAAAAAUAUUAAAGGAUAUUCCCAAUAUUAUCAAUCAUUAGAACUACGGAAAAAAAUUAAUAAAAAACGUUUUAAUAACA